GGAUUGUCUGAUUCUUCUCAGUCAAAACGACACGAGUAUCGAGGUAAUCGAAAUGUGAAGUGCAUUAAGUUGUAUUAAAGUUUUCUAGUUAGGAAAAGUAGCUUUUGUUUGCUGCAAUGAAUGUGGAGGCAGUUAAUGGUGACAUGGCUGGGGAGGUCGGCCUCAUAGCAGACGAGUUGAGCCGAGCAGUGGAACUUACGCUGAAUGCAGCUGUGUCUCAUGACGCCCGCAACCAAGCUUACAAUGCUUGUGAGAGUUUUAAAGAAAACUCACCAUGGUGUGCUCAAGCAGGGCUUCUAUUAGCAAGUGGUAGUCAAUAUUCAGCUGUUGUUAAACAUUUUGGCCUGCAGUUGAUGGAGCAUACUGUCAAGUAUAGAUGGACACAGAUAACACAAGCAGAAAAAAUAUUUAUUAAGGAAAAUGCUAUGAAGUUGUUAUAUAUGGGUGGUUGGGAGACAGGCCAUCUUAAUGAUGCGCUAGCCCGUGUUAUAGUUGAGAUGAUCAAGCGUGAGUGGCCGCAACAGUGGCCUACACUGCUUGCAGAACUGAGUGAUGCAUGUUCUCAUGGACACUUACAUACCCAAAUAGUCCUACAUGUAUUCCUGCGUCUUGUUGAAGAUGUUGCCACGUUACAGACUUUGGAGCAACAUCAACGUCGCAAGGACAUUUACCAAGCACUGACAAGUAACAUGGCUGAGAUAUUUGCAUUCUUUAUGCGGCUAAUUGAGCUUCACGUUCAAGAAUUCAGGGAGAAGACUGCGGCUGGGGAGUAUGCGGCUGCUGCUAGCAAUGGUCGUGUUGUACAGGUGGUAUUACUGACAUUGACUGGCUUUGUUGAAUGGGUGUCCACAAACCAUGUUGUAAUGAAUGACGGUCGACUUCUGCAAAUCCUAUGCAUCCUGCUGCAAGAUGAAGUGUUCCGAUUGCCAGCUGCUGAGUGUUUGUUGCAAGUUGUCAAUAGAAAAGGCUCUACAAAGGAGCGUAAGCCGUUAAUGAUAUUAUUUAGUGAAGAUGCAAUCUCAUCAAUCCAUCGUGCUGCACUUGCCAGCAUUGGAACUGCGGAUGAAAAACAGUACUUGUUCCUGAAGAAACUAUCACAGGUCUUAGCAGGAUUAGCGCAGCAAUUGACGACAUUGUGGUCCAACGCCAGUAACGUGGAGUCCUGGCUGCCGGUGCUGCUGGAGACGACGCUGCUCCUCACCUCACAUCCCUCACUGACAUUGGCACACACAGCUAAUUCGGUGUGGCUGGCCUUCCUCAAGCAUGAUCAUAUAUCCAAACUACCUCUGGUCGUCGCAGUAGUACCAAGAUGGCUUCAAGCUGCUGCACCUAAAGUUUUAAAAGUAUCUUAUCCAUCUUCUCGUGCCAACGGCGUAUCUGACGAAGUGGCGUACGCGUGUAUGGAUUACGACAGUGAACAAGAGUUCGCGAUAUUCUUUAGCCGUUGCCGAACCGAAAUAUUAGAUAGUUUUAGGUAUUGUAUGAUGGCGGCGCCGUUGGUGACGUGGUCCUACGUGGAGCAAUGGACGCAGGCGGCCCUCGACAAGGUGCACUCCUGUCCACCUCACAUCGACGUCACACACCCACUCCAUGUCGAGUGGGAAGCGCUCUCUCAGGUGCUAGACGUGGUGCUGUCGCGACUGCUGCAGGCUGAGCCUCGGCCGUGCGCGGCGGCGGGACUGCGGCUGCUGCGCCGCUGCGUCGAGGCACAACCGCGAUCUCCGCUGCUGCUCUCGUUGCUGCUGUCGCUCAUCUCCGCGCUAUUUGUCUUCCUCAGCUGCGCGUACAGCCAGCUUGCCGGUCCGGGCGUGGGCGAAGCUGGUGCGGAGCUGCUGCCACGGGUGCUGGACAAGAUCUUCUCGGCUUUAGUGUACGAAGGCGAGCCGCCAGAGGACCGGCGCUCGCGCAGCGUCAAGAAUGUGCGCAGACACGCCGCUGGACUACUCGUAAAGCUCGGUUCUAAGUACCCGCUUCUGCUGCUGCCGGUGUUUGGGAGGUUGAACGAGAUGUGCAGCGCGGCGCUGGCGAGGCCCGACCUCAGCGCGGUGGAGAGCGUCACCAUACAAGAGGCGCUGCUGCUCGUCUCCAACCACUUCUGCUGCUACGAGCGGCAGACGGCACUCGUCGCACAGGUGCUAGGCGACUGCAGCUCGCGCUGGGCUGCGCUGGCCCCUCAUGUGUCAUCAGCGGAGGCGCUGGCGCGGCUGGUGGGGCUGGACGCGCCGCCCGCUGAUGACGAGGAGCGUGGCCGCGCGCGCAGCACGCUACUGCACGCGCUCACGUUACUACUCGGCGUCGUAAAGCGCACGCAUGUGCCCGCUGACCCCGACAAAGCUUCUCGCGGCGGGUUCGGUGCGGGUGUGACGUCAUCGGGUAACCCGGUGUGGCGCAACCCGUGCAGCGCGCACGUGCUCCCGUUACUGCCGCACGCGCUAGCACUGGCGCGCGCGUUGCACGAACUGCACGAGCCGCGUGCCGCCACCCUGCGUCAUCCUGCACACCGCCGCGCCCUCCUCCCCCCACCUGCGGAGCGUCACAACCUGCUCGGUCUGCGAGAUGAUGCACCACCCGCACCCACAGAGCCACAGGACCGCAUGCAAAACUAUCUACAUACGCUACAUGAUAAUGUGUGUCAUUUGGUGGGCGCGGCUGCAGCGUCUCUGGGUCGAGAGUUGUACGGCGCGGCAGGACUGGCGCGGUUCGUGGCGGGCGCUCUGCUGCAUGCACCGGCCUGCCUGCCCGACCACUGGCUGCGGCGGGUGCUGCGUGCGGCGCUACGCCCCUUGCUCCUGCAUUGCCCACCUGCGCACUACGCCGAUGUCGCCUUGCCCCUACUGGAGCACCUCGCGCCGUUCAUGCUGGUGCACCUAUCGCAGCGCUGGGAGUACGUGACGUCACUAUACGAGUCGGGCAAACUGGAGGAGGAGGGUGGCAGUGAAUCGCAGGAGGUGCUAGAAGACAUGCUCGUGCGACACCUCACAAGGGAACACCUCGAACUGCUAAAGAUUUCGUUGGUGGACACAGCGGGUGGGGGUGGGGGCGGGGGUGAGACAGGUGACAUGGAGGAGGAGAGUGCUGCACCGCAGCGAGCGCCUGAGCACGUGUCCGAGUUGGGCGCGCUCGUGCUCGCCGUGCCAGUGCUCGGCCCCACCGUGCUGCACACUAUACUGCGUGCGUUAACUUGGAAUGAUUCGACGUCGUCACUGCGUGCGUGUGCGCUUGCGUUGCCGGCGCUGCGUGCGGCGCUUGCUGCGGGUCGUGUGGGCGCUGCGGAUGCGAGCGGAGCACUGGCCGCUGUACUACAAGCGUUGCGGACACAUGGACAACACGAUGCUAAUCAGGCCGCGUUGCUCGCACUCGCUGUACAGAGUUACGAGAUGCUGCGGCCGCGAUUCCCUGGUGUGGUGUCAGUGCUGCGCGCCAUACCUGACGUGGACGCUCACGACCUGCAGCGGCUCGAUGACAAGCUCGCUGCUCACCACACCAAGCCACCCAAGAUAGACAAGAGCAAACGAGAUCUAUUCAAGAAGAUCACCUCCAGAUUAAUCGGACGAAACGUAGGGCAGCUUUUCAAGAAAGAAGUUUUCAUCCUGGAUCUUCCUACGAUGCACGUGGCCAAGGAGAAGGCGCGCAGUGCUCUCGACGCCCCCGAGGGCGCGGGCCUAGAGUCCCUAUUCGCCCCGCGCGCGCCCACAUAGCGACCGUCCCAGAAUUACCUCAUCUCUAUAUGUAAAUUGUUACUCGCAUUCGCUUUGUGAUCGCUUCACAUAAAUAGGAAAUAAAUUCUAGUGUUAGUUUCAACAGACGAGACUCGUAAAUAACAUACUGUUAUCUUAG